CAACCUGCUCGGUCAGGCCGCAGGCCGCAGCUGUUCACCUUCACCCGGCGGCCCGCGUGCGCUGUCUCCCCCCAGGCCCCCCACCUCUCUGGCUCUCUCUCUCUCUGCGAGUCUGCGACGACGGGGCUACCGCCGCCUCCGUACGCCAGGUGCCGAGGUCUUCGUUGGUCCUUUCGCCGGCGACAUCCACCAGAAAUUAUAUCAUCAAUUCAUUACCGGGUGUACAUUUGUACACAGUACACCCAUGUCCUUCACUGGAUCCGCCCCUGUAGUGAGGAUAAUAUCUUUGGAGUUUCGGAGGGGGCGCGCUAGAAGGAUGGUUUCCAAAAUGAGAUUUCGGAAUGCUCUCGGUUCUAGACCAUUUCAGUGUUGUUCGCGUGAGAAUCAUACAUAUGUCCGGAAGCUGUUGGACCGAGUGUCGGAGAGAUCAAAGCUCCUUAAAAAGGUGUCUGUUUUGGUGGGUUACAGUAAUCCACAAGAUUUAGUUGAGAAACAAAGAGCCCCUGGGGAAUCUUCUGCAGAGUUGAUUAGUGCCUUGAAAGAAAUCGAUUUCCCAGAAAUUACUGCAAAGUUUCCAUGCAUAAAAGUUGGUGAUGCAUCACCUGUUGAACUGUAUGAGGAUUCUACUAACAUGAAGUUUAAAGAAGCUGCACUUUCUGAAAAGCUCACAAAUUUCAUCCAAGGCUCAGCUCGAAAUUUGGAGUCAGCUUAUGAAUUCCAUAAUGACUGUCAUCCAUUGAAUCAAACACCCACAACUGCAGGUGAUCUUUCAAUCAGUGAAGAGAUCCCUCUCAUUGAACCAAUAGUUGAUACGAAGUCCCCCGAGUCAUUGUCAGAUGCUAUAACCUCUGACAAUAGUAUACUGGAUAAAAGUAUAAGGUGCUUGCCUGGAACAACUAGUAGGCAAUAUCGCCAGCUAGAGGAUGGUGGUUUCCAUACGGUCCGCAAAUUAUUGCAGCAUUUUCCUCGGACUUAUGCAGAUCUGCAAAACCCUCAAGGCCCCAUAGAAUAUGGGCAGUAUAUUAUGUUAUCUGGUACUGUUAUAUCUUCCAGGGGAAUCAAGGUUAAGUCCACUUUAGGUCUUCUUGAGGUGGUUGUUGGUUGUUCCAUAAUCGAGUCUGAAUUGAGCUCUUCAGUUGAGAGUAGUCACUCUGGAGCAGAGCAAAAGAGAAUUCACUUGCACCUCAACAGAUUUUUCAGUGGCGCACGUUUUUCUUCCCAACAUUUUCUUAACUUAAUGUCAGCAAAGCACAAAGAAGGGGAUCUUGUUUAUGUUAGUGGUAAGAUAAAAAAGGUGCUUGCUAAUGGCCAUUAUGAGUUGAAGGAGUACACAAUUGACGCUAUUGAAGGAGAAGGGGAACACAGCACUAUGCUUGCUAGGAAACCACACCCUAUAUACCCGUCGAAAGCGGGAUUAAAACCUAGUCUGCUUGGCCUUUCAAUCUCUAGGGCCUUGAAGAUAUUGAGCCCAGAUGUUGAUCCAGUGCCUCCCGAUGUUCUCGUUGAAUUCAACUUGCCUAAUCUCUUUGAUGCUUACAUGGGAAUUCACAAACCUAAGGAUCGAUCUGAAGCUGAUUUUGCUCGAAGAAGGCUUAUAUUUGAUGAUUUCUUUUACCUCCAGUUAGGAAGACUAUUUCAAAUGCUUGAAGCAGUUGGUACGCGGGUUGAGAAGGAGGAAUUGUUAUACAAGUGCAAAAGUCAUGAGCUGAAUACUGUUGGUGUAGAUGAUUGGUCUCCUCUUACAAAGAAAUUGUUGAGGGCUCUUCCUUAUUGGCUUACUCCUAGUCAGUUGGAUGCUGUUCAAGAGAUUAUAUGGGAUCUCAGGAGACCAGUUCCCAUGAACAGACUCUUGCAGGGGGAUGUUGGUUGUGGAAAGACCAUUGUUGCUUUCCUGGCAUGUAUGGAGGUUGUUAAUUCAGGAUUUCAGGCUGCUUUCAUGGUUCCAACAGAGGUGCUUGCUGUCCAGCAUUAUGAACACCUAACUUCAUUGCUAGAGAAGUUUGAUGGAGAUGAGAAACCAAAUAUUGCCUUGCUAACUGGUUCAACGUCCACAAGGGAGUCAAGGAUAAUUCGAGAUGGUCUGAAAACUGGAGAGAUAGGCAUGGUCAUUGGAACACACUGCUUAAUAGCUGAUAAAACUGAAUUUUCAGCUUUACGUAUCUCUGUUAUAGAUGAACAGCAGCGCUUUGGAGUUGUACAGAGAGGCAGGUUUAACAGUAAGCUAUAUACUUCUUCCUCAAAGUUGAGUGGUGAAAAUACAAGUUCAGACGAGGCUUCUGAUUCUGAAACAUUUAUGGCUCCACACGUUCUUGCGAUGUCAGCUACCCCUAUUCCAAGAACAUUGGCACUUGCUUUAUAUGGUGAUAUGUCUCUUACUCAGAUCACGGACCUGCCUCCUGGAAGGCAACCUAUUAAAACCCUUGCUCUUGAAGGAAAUGAUGUAGGGUUUGAAGCUGUCUUCCAGAUGAUGAGGGAUGAACUGAUAGACGGGGGCAAGGUCUACCUUGUGUAUCCUAUCAUAGAUGAGUCUGAGCACUUGCCACAACUCCGUGCUGCAACAGCUGGAUUUGAUUCCAUAAAGCAAAAAUUCGAAGGCUAUCCCUGUGGGCUAUUACACGGCCGCAUGAGGAGCGAUGAGAAGGAAGAAACUCUCAACAGUUUUAGAAGCGGAGAAACACGCAUUCUCCUGUCGACACAGGUGAUCGAGAUCGGGGUCGAUGUUCCUGAUGCUUCCAUGAUGGUUGUCAUGAACGCUGAGCGAUUUGGAAUCUCUCAGCUGCAUCAGCUGCGAGGGAGAGUAGGUCGCGGUGAGAGGAAAUCCAGAUGCAUAUUCCUGGCUUCAACUUCGAGCACGCUGCCAAGGCUGAAGGUGCUCGAGAAGUCCUCCGAUGGGUUUUACCUGGCUAAUGCAGACCUGCUGCUCCGUGGCCCUGGCAAUCUACUAGGUAAAAAGCAAUCUGGUCAUCUUCCAGAAUUUCCAAUAGCUAGAUUGGAGGUCGAUGGUGGUAUUUUACAAGAGGCCCAUCUUGCCGCUCUGAAAGUGCUGGUCGCAAGCAACGACCUAGCGUUGUAUCCACGGCUGAAGGUGGAGCUCAGCAUGAGGCAGCCAUUGUGCAUUCUUGGAGAUUGACAUGUCAACAGUACUGCUCGUAGGCUCGUAGCAUUGGGCGACGCGUGUACUGUGGAUAACUAUUGGUCGUAGGCUCGUAGCGUCGGCAAAGUUGACAUGCCGUCUGGUGAGCGAGGCGUGUACCAUGAAUAACUGUUAGACUGAUUGUGUGAGUGUGUGUGGGCUGGUACCAUUGUUAGGCUGCCGGUUCAUUAGGGUUAGAGUUGAGUCUAUAUAUUGUAACCCCUUCUCUAUGCAAUACAAUGAUCCACUUCACUAUU